AUGGCUAAUGUUAACGGUGGGGAAGCCUCGUUUAGCUGCGGGGAGGUGGCCGCAGCAGGACCCGAGGGCUGGAGGCAGUGGGUGGCUCGCGGCGUGUCAGGCCUGUCUGGCCGCCUCGGCCCUUCUCCCAGGGAGGGGGUCGUUGCUCUUGCCAGGGCGUGGUGGAGGACGGAGGACGUGCGGGCAGCUGCCAGCGACCUCCUGAUGGCUCUGGCACGCUGCCACUUCGACAGCGUCAUGUGCGAGCUCCAAAGCCACCUGAGAGUCCUGGGAGGGAUCUCGGAGGACUUUGUGUUUGUCACCCUGGGCAAGCUGGCCAGCAGCUACGCGCUGCGGUGCGUCCCCUUCGUUGGAAUGACGCUCUUCACCCUGCGCACGAUGCUGAGCCGUGUGGGGAGCAGCCGGACCCUGCGCACUGUCUGCGGCGCAGUCCUGGAGCAGUGGCCGAAGGCCGCAAACAGCUACCUGAGCCGCUGGGAGAAAUGUCCCUUCCUGCGCGUGGGGGAGGCCCAGUUCUGCAGCAGCGUUUACCCGCUCUUCUGCCACGUGGUCGGGAGCUGGCUGGACUGCGAGGAGGAGGAGGUCAAGCAGGCCGUCCUGGGGGCGAUGGCUGCCAUGAUGGGCCUCCUCCUGCACGAAGAGGAGCACCGUGAGCGGGUGUGGGAGCAGCUCCCCUGGCUCCUGGGCCAGUACCAGCAGGUCCAGGACACUUCCUGGGUGACCAAGGAUCUCCAUUAUUUUCUUGAAAUACUGGGAGAAGUGAAGAUCCCCGUCCCCAAGGCCAAGGUGCAGGCCAUCGGCACCGCUGUGCACAGCCAGCUCAGCGAUGAGACGAAGCAGCACAGCGGGGAGCACUGGUCGGAGCUGCGCUCCUGUGUCCUGCUGCUGGCCCGAGUUAGCCUGGAGGACACAGUGGCGUUUCUGGGGUCACAGCUGGGGAGCAAGAGCGAGGCCGCCCGCGUGGUGUCCUUGGAUCUGCUCAGAGCCCUGGUGCGCCCUGCAGCAGCGGAGGGAGGACAGAGCCUGGCGCCGCUUGCGCAGGCGGUGCGGGGCGUGCUGAGGGACCCCGGCAGGGAGCCUCCUCGGCGGCAGGUGGCGAGGGCAGUUCUGCGCUUCACCAAGGAGCUGCUCGGCUGCAGCGUCCAGAGCUGCUCGGCCUGGGAGCUGGUGGCCCACGUCUUCGCCAGGUUCAGCCAGGCCUCCGGCAGACUGGCGGAGGGAAACCUUUCGGAGGCAGAAGCACAGGAGGAAGCAGAUCUUCAGGCCCUGUGCUUGGACAUCCUGCACUCCCUGGAUGUCUCCAUCAAGGGGAUGAGCAAACUCUUGUGGCCGUGGCUCCUCCAGUACGUGGUGCCAGCCCAGUACACGGGCACACUGGUCCCGCUCUCUCGAUGUCUCCGAGAGCUGGCAGAGAGACGGGAGAGCGCGGAAGGCGAGGACGGAGAAGAGGAGCCCGAUGCUGCGGCCGCUCAGGAUCAAGGCAGGAAGCCAACCUCUGACAUGAGUGCUGCCGGGCUGUGCCGGGGCCGGGGCGGCCUGCGUCCCUCUGCUGCCCGCCUGACCCAGGCGGUCGCCGCCAGGCUGCCAACGCCGCAGGCCCUGCUGGCUCGCCUGCUGGUGAGUAGGGCCCUGGGGAAAGGCUCCCGGGGCCUCGAGGCAACGGGAGAGGUGGGGGCAGAGCCGCUUCGCGAGCCGGGGCCAGCAGCCUCCGGGCAGGAAGGGGCGUGUGAGAGCGAGUCGGAGCCUCCCCUGCCCCGCGGGGACCCCGCUGCGGUGGUGGCGGCGGCUCCUCACACCAGCGGCGGCUGUGGCAUCGCUGCCCUGCGGCUGCUGCAGGCCUUGUCCACGGAGAUCCACGGCGCCGUGGGCAUGGUGUGGGCCGUGAAGAUCCCCUUCCUGCUGGAACACCUGGCAGAGAGAAGCGAGAGCUCCCUGGACUCUGCCGAAUGGGAGCAUCUUCUGCUUAAGUUCCUGAGGACGUCGCUGGAGACCAUCGAGAGCCAGGCCUGGACCAUGGCCUUCAGCUUCGAGCUGAACCAGCAGGCGGGCAGCUACUGCCGGCUCUCCCGGGAGCAGGCCUUCCUCUACAAGGCUGUCGGGGUGUCCCUGGCAGCCUGUCAGCACGUCCCCUACGUCCGCGGGGAAAUCCGGAAGUACCUCUUCCAGACAAACUAUUUGGAGGCGUCUGAGAGAGAGGCAAUGAUUUCUGUUGUCGCCGGCUCUGCUGAGAGCCACUUCCCCCUCGCCUUGGAGGUGGUGCACGAGUUUGGGGCUACAAUGGAGGAAAGACCAGUGUCCGGGGCUUUCAGACGCCUCAAGGAAUACCACCAGGGCAAGAGAGCGGGGACGCACACGGCGCUGGUGCUGGCCUAUGGCCGGAUGGCGCUCUGCGCCCCCCGGGAGCAGCUCCUGGCCCGUGUCGAGAGCGACGUCGUGGGGCCCAUCCUGCGGCACUACCGCGCCAGCUGCCAGAACGUGCAGCUCAAGCUGGCGCUGGUGCGGAGCGUCGCCGAGGUCAGCCGGGCCAUGCAGGGGGCGGGGGGCUCCCAGCGCGCGGAGCUCUGCUGCAAACGGGAGCUGCUGAGCGUCCUGCUGGGCUUCGUGAGGGCCGAGCCCCGGGAUUGCCUGGCGUCCCCGGUGCGCCAGGAGGCGUUUCUGGCCGUGGGGCACCUGAGCAAACUGAAGCCGUCACUGAGCCGAGAGGAAAGCCGCGACCUCCUGGAUCAGUGCCUGCAGAGCGUGAUGCCCCUGCCUGCCCUGGAGCCGGCGGAAGAGGAAGGGGCGACAGCGGCGGGCGCUCUGCACCUGCGGGCUCUGCACGCUCAGACCAUGGGGGCGCUGGGCGAGCUGGUGACGGCGCUGCUGGAGGAAGACCUCACCUCCGGCUGGCUCGCGGAGAUGCUGCACGUGCUGGAGUACUGGCUCAGCUCGGCCCGCGAGUGGGAGCGGGAGAGGGCCCUGCAGGCCUGCGCCCAGCUGCUGGGCGCCUACGAGGAGCGGUUUGAGCUCACGGGAGAAAAUUCUUUCGGGCUCUUUGGCUCCAUGGUGGGACUGCUGGCGCCUUUCGUCUGCGACUCGCUGGCCACGUCCCGCCAGCGGGCAGGCGCCUGCCUCGGCCACCUCCUCCGCAUACAAGGCAAGGCCCUGGAGACGACGGCCGAGGAGGACGAGGUGCAGUCCCUGUGCCAGCGGCUGCGAGCCCCCGACGCCGAGGCUCUGCUCCAGGCGUCCUCCAGACUCUCAAAGAUCGUUUGCAAAUACAUCCCCCCGGCGCAGGCGGCGGAUUUCGUUUCUGCCGCCCUGGACGGGAUGCUGUCGGCG